AUUAACCUUUAUGAAUAGAAAAGGGGAAAAAAAUCCACAGACUACAAACCUCGUCGUUUGUGGAACAUGCGCAUUCGCUCCCCCUAGCUUUUUGGGUGUUGAAACUGAGCAUGCGCGUAAUGGCUCUCUGCAGUUGGAGCGGGACGGAAACGGCUGGUCCUGGGGCUGAGAGUGGGGUUAAUGGGGACCCCCUGGGGUUCGUGGGGGAACGGAGAGGCUUGGCUUUGCUAUUUACUAGGGAAAUAGCGAAUACAAAUCGGAUUCUGGAAACCGGUGAGCUGUGUAUGAGUGGAUUUGGGUACAGUGAAUCCGAAAUCCGAAAAAACCACGAAGAGAAAAAGAACAAGUUCCUUAAACGAUUGGCUCCUUAGAUGACACGGCUGUUUCAUCUAUAACACCAUAUAUGUACAUGGCAUUUUAAAAGUUGCUCACUUUUUUAAGGAAACCGUUCGCGUCUCAGCAUGUCAAUAGUAACGGUGCAGCUUGGUCAGUGCGGCAAUCAGAUUGGCUUUGAAGUGUUUGAUGCUUUAUUUAGUGAUUCAUACGGUCCCCAGCAGCUCUGCUCUAAAAGAGAGAAUGAGGUAUAUCAAGCAUCUUGCAAAGAAAGGUUCUUCAGGGAGGAGGAAAUUGGAGUUCCAGUUGCCCGGGCUGUACUUGUUGACAUGGAACCUAAAGUUAUCAAUCAAACACUAUCAAAGGCUGCCCAGUCUGGCCGAUGGAAAUACGGCCAGCGUUCAGGCUUCUGUCAAAAACAAGGUUCAGGAAACAACUGGGCAUAUGGUUACUCUGUUCAUGGACCCAGGCAUGAAGAAUCUAUAAUGAACCUAAUCCAGAAGGAAGUAGAGAAAUGUGACUCUCUGGGUGGUUUUUUCAUCAUCAUGAGUAUGGCUGGAGGCACAGGGUCUGGGCUAGGAGCCUUCGUUACACGGAAUUUACAAGAUCGGUAUUGCAGCUCUUUGAAAAUGAAUCACAUUAUAUGGCCUUAUGGAACUGGUGAGGUUAUUGUUCAGAAUUACAACUCCAUUUUGACUCUUUCUCACUUGUACCGAUCUUCGGACGCCCUCCUUGUUCAUGAGAACGAUGCUGUUCAUAAGAUCUGUGCAAAACUGAUGAAUAUCAAGCAGAUCUCCUUUAGGGAUAUGAACCAAGUCGUCGCCCAUCAGCUGGGAAGUGUGUUCCAGCCCACGUACUCCGAGGAAGGCCCACCCCACUACAGAAGAAACCCUCUAGGCGACUUAAUGGAGAAUUUAGUGCCCCAUCCUGAAUUCAAGAUGCUGGGCAUUCGUAACAUUCCUCAGAUGUCUGAGCAUUCCCUGGCAUACAGCACGUUUACUUGGGCUGGCCUCCUCAAGCAUUUGAGACAGAUGCUCAUUUCUAAUGCGAAAAUGGAAGAAGGUAUCGAUUGGCAGGUACGGCCGCCUGUAUCGGGGCGCCCUCCGCUCGGUAAAACGUCCGUCCGCAGGGAGCUCCCCUUCAACGCGUCCCUUGCCAACCUGCUGGUCCUUCGCGGGAAAGAGGCGCACGGCGCGGACCUGGGGGGAUUUAGAGAUCCAGCUCUCUACACUUCCUGGUUAGACCCGGAUAAUGCUUUCAGUGUGUGGAAAACCCAGCGAGCCUUUGGCAAAUAUGAGAAGUCUGCAGCAUUGGUCAGCAACAGCCAGUUCUUAGUAAAACCACUUGAUAUGAUUGUGGGCAAAGCAUGGAAUAUGUUUGCUUCAAAAGCCUAUAUUCAUCAGUACACAAAAUUUGGAAUUGAAGAAGAGGACUUUUUGGACAGUUUCACGUUGUUAGAACAGGUCGUUGCCAGUUACCGCAACCUCUGAUCUUGAACAGAGGGCUCAAGGGAAAAAGUACCUUACGUCGUCUUUGGACUAAAAUAUUUUCAAUACUAUUUUCACUGUACGUUUUCAAAUUCUGAUCUUUUAAAAGCAGCUAAAUCAAAUGCUGAUUUCUUCUGCAUACUUGCCCACAGGAGGAAAACCUUUUACAUGGAGAAGAGCAUGUUUUCAAUGAAAACAUCUACUUGGUAUUUUCACUUGUAAGACAAAAAAAUUGGUGCUUCUAUGAAGAACGUUGGAAUCGCUUUGCUGAGAUGUUGGAACUCUGGAACUAUCCAAAAGAGGGAAUAUUCUGUUUUGCCCCUACAUGGCUAACUCUUCUCUCUCUAUUCCAAGAAAGAUUCAUUAAAUAUGAGCUAAACUUUCACAGCACAAUUUUAAGUUAAGAAAUUGCAAUUCUGUAUUUAAAUGUAUUUAUCUUUGAAGUGAAUGCUUUGAACCACAAGAGGGAGCUGUUGUUAAAUGUUACAGGGUGAACGUCUAUUGACUAUUUCAUUCUGUAACAGGUAAGAUUUUCCACUUUAAGCAGCUAUUUAAAAAUAAAUGUUAGGAUUUUGUUAAUAAAUAUACGUCAUGCUUAAAUACAAAAGUAAGUGAGUAAA